AUGGGAGUAGAUGUAAUAAUUGGAGUAGCCUUGGCUGUUGGGGAAGAUGUGCCGGUGUUGGGGAUAGAUGUGCCGGUGUUGGGGAUAGAUGUGCCGGUGUUGGGGAUAGAUGUGCCGGUGUUGGGGAUAGAUGUGCCGAUGUUGGGGAUAGAUGUGCCGGUGUUGGGGAUAGAUGUGGCACCGACAGGAGUAGAUGCGCCAAUAGCAGCAGGCAGGGCAACAGGUGUUGCUGGUGUGUUGGCAGCUGCUGUAGCAGUGCUUGGGGGGACUGUGGUUGCUACAGCCGCUGAGAGUGGAGUAAGGCGAGGAGUGAGGAGGGCUGGCUGUGCUACAGCUGGUGCUGCAGGAGUGGCAGGUAAUGGCUGUGAUACAGCUGCUGCUCCAGGAGUGGUAGACACCAGCUUUGCUACAGCUGUUUCUGCAGCAGGAGUGGCAGGCAAUGGCUGUGAUACAGCUGCAGGAGUGACAGGUACCAGCUUUGCUACAGCUGCUCCUGCAGCAGAAGUGGCAGGCAGUGCUACAGCUGCUGCUACAGGAGUGGCAGGCACAGGUUUCGCUACAGAUGUUGCAGGAGCGACAGGUACCAGCUUUGCUACAGCCGCUGCCGCUGCAGGGGUGGCAGGCACUGACUGUGCUACAACUGCUGCUGCAGGACUGGCAGGCAGCGUCUUUGUUACAGCUGCUAAUAGGGACGGGGAUGAUACUGCAGGGCGUGGUGUUGCUGAUGGUGUUGCUGUUGUUCCUGCUACAGGCUUCACUGUUGCUGCUGACGUGGCAGGUGAUGCAGGUGAUGCAGGUGGUGACGUGGCAGAUGUGCCACCCGUCCCACGAAGCAUGGUGCCACCUGCACCUACUCCUCUCCCUUCAACUACUCUCCCUUCACCUCCACCUGCUGCCGCCCCUGCUAUCACUCCGGUGCCUCCUUUGCCUCCUGCUGCUGCUCCCAGAGCAACUCCACCUGAUAAUGCCCCUGCAGUCAUUCCUGAUGUACGUCCUGUGGUGGCUUUGGCUGCUGUUCCCAUAACACCAGCACCUGCUGCUGUCCCUGCUAAUGUUCCUGUUCUGCUACCUGCGGUGACCAUAGGGCUAGGAGAGAGAAUGCUUUUGCUGCUGGUAACCGGAGCAGAGGUAGUCUCCCUUGUGCUCGGCCAAGCACCUGAGAUCCCACUGUCUCUCGUGCUUCCUGCACUCCUGGCAGCUGCAUUGGCUGCUGAUGCAUUUGCUCUUGCUGCUGACCUGCCCCUUCCCGUCUGCCACCAUCUGCCACAGCCGAGCCCCAUUCUGAUCCCUCUUUCCUGA